UAGUCUGGACCUGGCAUGGGGCAACAGCUGCCACAGCAGUACCAGCAGCCCUUGACGCAACAGCCAUACGUCAUGAUGCAACCUCAACUUCAGGCGCAACCAUAUCUCUACACAUGCUUCGAUCAAAUCGGCGAGGUAACAUCUCUAAAAGUGAUUAGGAAUAAGCAAACUAGUCAAUCGGAAGGUUAUGGUUUUAUCGAGUUUAAUUCUCGUGCUACUACUGAGAGAGUGCUUCAAACAUAUAAUGGAGCCAUUAUGCCGAAUGGUGGCCAGAGCUACAAACUGAAUUGGGCAACAUUCAGUGCUGGGGAGAGGUCAUCUCGGCAGGAUGAUGGUCCUGAUCAUACCAUUUUUGUUGGUGAUUUGGCUGUUGAUGUUAAUGAUUACCUUAUGCAGGAGACUUUUAGGGCUUGUUAUAACUCGAUGAAGGGGGCAAAAGUUGUGAUUGAUAGGCUUACUGGUCGGUGUAAGGGUUAUGGUUUUGUUAGAUUUGCUUAUGAGAGUGAACAAAUGAGGGAUAUGACUGAGAUGCAAAGGGUUCUUUGUUCAACAAGGCCCAUGAGGAUUGGACCAGCCACUAAUAAAAAUCCUGCUGCCACCACUCAGCAGCCGAAAGCUUCAUAUCAGAACUCUCAAGGUGCACAAAGUGAGAAUGAUCCAAAUAAUACAACUAUUUUUGUUGGCAAUUUGGAUCCUAAUGUCACUGAUGAUCAUCUGAGGCAAGUUUUCAGCCAAUAUGGUGAAUUAGUACAUGUGAAGAUUCCAUCAGGCAAGCGAUGUGGAUUUGUCCAAUUUUCGGACAAGGCUGAGCGUGAAAGAGGUGUCACAAUUGACAUUGCUCUAUGGAAGUUUGAGACAACUAAGUAUUACUGCACUGUCAUUGAUGCCCCCGGACACAGAGAUUUCAUUAAGAACAUGAUUACUGGAACAUCCCAAGCUGAUUGUGCUGUCCUUAUCAUUGAUUCCACUACUGGUGGUUUUGAAGCUAGUAUUUCUAAGGACGGUCAGACCCGUGAACAUGCUCUCCUUGCUUUCACUCUUGGUGUGAAGCUAAUGAUUUGUUGUUGUAACAAGAUGGAUGCCACUGCUCCCAAGUACUCUAAGGCUAGGUAUGAUGAAAUUGUGAAGGAAAUUUCAUCCUAUUUGAAGAAGGUUGGCUACAACCCAGACAAAAUUCCAUUUGUUCCCAUCUCUGGUUUUGAGGGAGAUAACAUGAUUGAGGGCUCUACAAACCUUGACUGGUACAAGGGUCUUUAUCGUGGAGGAAACUCUCUAGCCUUUGUCGUGGCAGCUGUUGCAGCCCUUAUGGGUGGGCUCUUAGCUGACACGUUUGAAAGAUUUGCAAUUCAAUUGAUGGGAUUCUUCUUGGUGCACGAUUAUUCUCUCUUCGAUGGUUCCAGAUAUGGCCUUACUCUCUAAUUUUGAUCAACGAAA